AUGGAGUCUGACUUGGGAUACGAGGUUCACAAUGUUGAAGAUCAGGGGAAGAACGGAAAAGACGACGGCACGGUGGAGGUAGACCCAAUUUCUUUGUUGGAAAAGCUGCCACCGGGUUUCCGAUUUAACCCGACGAAAGAAGAGUUAAUUAUGUUCUAUUUACCGAAGAAAUGUUUGGGCCAAAACAUGGGUCCGAAAUGCAUAAAUGACGUAAACAUUUAUGAUCACUCGCCUUGGGAAUUACCAUCAUUGUCAUACCUACAUUCUAAAGACCGUAUUUGGUAUUUCUUUUGCCCGAGAGUAAUGCAAGAUAAUGGUAAGACCCCUAGGAAGACUCUAAAAAACGGGUAUUGGAAAGAAACGGGCAGGGUAACCACACUUACUCAUAAGCAAUAUCAUGUUGGUGAUCUUAAAACGUUCAUCUACCACAUAGGGGUGGCACCAAAAGGAGAACGUACUAAUUGGGUUAUGAAAGAAUUCAACUUAACCGAAUACAUGAUACAAGAAAUGUGUGUGGUAGAUAACUCAUACGUGCUUUGCAAAGUGUAUGAAAAAAGUGGUCCGGGGCCAAAAAAUGGAGCAGAAUACGGGGCUCCAUAUGACAAGAGUGAAUGGGACAACAAGUUUGAUAACCAAAACACACACAACUGUCCUAGUGUGUAUGUUAACCAAGUACAAGGAAGUGAUCCUAGCAACUCGAAUUGUGGUCAGAACAUCAAUGUUAGUGAAACCAAUGCAACAAACUUUGCAGGCAUCGACCCUACUUUCAACAUCGAAGAACUGCUAGAGGGUUUCACAAACCAAGAACAAACCACUACGGCAGAUGUGCAAAUGGAGGAUGCAUUCACGAUUGAAGAACUAGUCCAGGGUACGCAAAACGACAACAACAACAACACCUCAAGUCUAGUUCAAAUGGAAAGUGAUAUAGAUGAUCUAAUGGGUGAUCCAAACCAAGAUGACACAACUUGGAUCGAUGCGAUGGUAGAACCUAGUUUCACGAUUCAAGAACUUUUUGGUGGUCCGGAUAUUACUCUUGAUGAAUUUCUUGAUUUGGAUUUUGGGAAACUAUGA